AUGGCGAAGGAAGAAAACGACGUCGUGUCACGGACCUUCCGCGCUUUAGUAGAAAGCGCAGACAGAAAAUUCGCUCGAGUACGAGACCUUCCAUUGUAUGGACGUGCUCCACAGAAUCACUACUUCCUGAAAGUGUUCAAAGCCUACAUGAGGUUAUGGAAGUACCAGCAAGAGAACCGGUCGAAGCUAGUUGAUUCCGGCUUGAACCGGUGGGAAAUUGGAGAGAUCGCGAGUCGGAUCGGGCAGUUGUAUUUUAAUCAGUAUAUGAGGAGCAGUGAAGCUAGGUUUUUAGUUGAAGCGUAUGUGUUUUAUGAAGCAAUUUUGGAGAGGAAGUAUUUUGAUGCCGGCGGAAGUGGUAAAGCGAAGGUUGAUGUUGGUGUUAGGUUUAAGGAGUUGAGAUUUUAUGCUCGGUUUUUGCUUGUUGCUUUGAUUUUGAACAAGAUUGAUACGGUGAGAUUGCUUGCUGAGAGGUUUAAAGGUCUUGUUGAUGAUAGCAAGACGAAUUUUCGAGAAACAAACUUCAAAGAAUGGAAGCUAGUGGUGCAAGAAAUUUUCCGCUUUAUGGAAGUUGAUACUGCAUUCACAAAUGUCAGGCCUUUGCGGUACUGUGCUCUGUUUGAUUCUCAUCCAGCUUCUCGUCCUUGUUUGGCUCGUUUCCACGCAAGGAAGAUUGUAAAAUUUAAAGAUGCGCUCUUGACAAGCUAUCAUAGAAAUGAGGUUAAAUUUGCAGAACUUACUUUGGACACUUACAGGAUGAUGCAAUGUUUAGAAUGGGAACCUAGUGGAUCUUUAUACCGAAAGCGUCCUAUUGAAUCAGUUCACCUAAACCGUCCAGUCGAAUCAAAUGAAAAUGGCACUGUAAUUGAUCACUCUGGUGCUGCUUCUGGAUUGAUAGAUAUGAACUUGGCUGCAGAUUUGACUGAUCCAACUUUACCACCAAAUCCCAGGAAAGCUGUUCUUUAUCGUCCGUCAGUGACCCAUUUGCUAGCGGUUAUGGCAACAAUUUGCGAGGAGCUCCCUCCAGAGAGCGUUGUGCUAAUAUAUCUAUCUGCCUCAGGGAAGGCUGCUCGAAGUAAUCUUUCUCAGGCAGAAAGCUCUGGAGGAUCCAGGAAAUCUUCCAAAGAAAAGGUUGUCUCUGGAGCAUACAGCGAACAGAGAAGCUCUGUGCCUGAAUCUCAUUGUAACGGCAAGAGAGAGUCAAGUGACUACUAUGACAAUUAUCUCUGGUUAGGUCCCCGGGCGAAUGGUGGGUCAAAUGCCCUUUACCCUGGCGAUAUAAUUCCUUUUACUCGAAGGCCUCUUUUCUUGAUUAUUGAUAGCGACAACAGCCAUGCAUUCAAGGCAGAAAGGGGAGAGCCAGCUGCCUUGCUUCUUUCACCUUUGAGACCAGCAUUCAAGAACCUAUCUGCUGUCGAUACAACACAUAGGGGAAGUCAGUUUACCUUUUUCUUGACUGCUCCUCUGCAGGCAUUUUGCCAGAUGGUUGGCCUCACUUCUGGUGAUAGUGAUAUGGGUUUUUACAAUGGUGCUGAGGAGAUGCUCUCCACUGCAUUCUCUGAGUGGGAGGUUAUUCUUUGUACAUCGAAGGGCCUGGAUCUGGUUUGGGCACAAGUUUUAUCAGAUCCAUUUUUACGGAGGCUUAUUCUUAGAUCAGUGCUCUCUGUCUUCUGCCCUCCCGAAGAUGAUGAGCAAUAUUUGCCCGUUUGCCUACCCAGUCUUCCCAGUUCUGUCUCUGCAAGAUCUGAAGUUGUGCAGUCAGCUGUAAUUCGGCUGGCAAAUCACCUGAAGGUUACAGAUUGUUUUCAAUUCGUUGGCUUGGAGGGCACUUCAAAGGAGUAUAAUUUGGCGAUAGAGGCUGGUGGUCAGGAAGAGAAUAUUAGCCGAGCAUGGUUGCUUCUGCUUGUUUAA